CUCUCCUGAUUUAUAAUAUUCAGAUUAAUGUUGUACCCGAUCUCUGCACAAAACUGCAUAGUCAAUAAAUUAUAGACUUCGAAAUUGAAAGUAUUUUAUCCGGAUCUUGUUUUUUUAAAGUUUUAUAUGGAAAUGGCUUCAAUUUCUUCUAGCCCUCGUACAGUUGAAGAGAUCUUCAGAGAUUACAGCGGUCGUCGUGCAGGCAUAGUUCGUGCUUUGACUUAUGAUGUUGAUGAAUUUUAUGGAAUUUGUGACCCAGAAAAAGAGAACCUGUGUCUAUAUGGACAUCCAAAUGAAAGCUGGGAAGUGACUCUUCCUGCAGAAGAAGUUCCUCCUGAGCUUCCUGAACCUGCUCUUGGAAUAAACUUUGCAAGAGAUGGAAUGAAUCGCAAAGACUGGUUGUCACUUGUUGCUGUUCACAGUGAUUGUUGGUUGCUCUCUGUUGCUUUCUAUCUUGGAGCUCGCCUAAAUCGCAAUGAAAGGAAGCGUCUGUUUAGCAUGAUUAAUGAGAUGCCAACUGUCUUUGAAGUCGUAUCAGAAAGGAAACCCAUAAAAGACAAACCAACUGCAGCUGAAAGUGGAAGCAAAGCAAAAGCCAGCACAAAGAGAUCAAGUGAUGGACAGGUGAAAAGCAUUCAAAACCAGAAGGUAGCAGAAGAAAGCUAUGAAGAUGAAGAGGAUGAACAUGGUGAUACACAAUGUGGAAGCUGUGGUGGAAACUACAAUGCUGAUGAGUUCUGGAUUGGAUGUGAUAUAUGUGAGAGAUGGUAUCAUGGCAAAUGUGUAAAAAUCACACCAGCCAAGGCUGAAAGCAUAAAACAGUAUAAAUGCCCUUCUUGCACCAUGAAAAGAGCUAGGCCAUAGUACUAUUACUCAUAAGUCAUAACUCAAAACCAAAUCAGAGGAAACAAAAAACAUUAACGGAAGGAAGAAACUAGUUUGGCUAUACUAUGAUUGAAAACAAAAUGUUUGUACUUUUAUUCUUUUUUUUUUUUCUUGCACAAACAUUUCACCCUC